AUGAGUGAUGCGACCAUAUUGUACGCGCGGGGCGAAUACGCCGAGGCGGUGAGUAAGUUGCACGCGGCGAUUGUGAAAAUCCCGCAUUCGAGCGAACCGUACGAGCAAUUGGCGCUGGUGUACGAGGAAACGAACGAUUUAGAAAAGGCGUUGGAUAGUUACUCUUUGGCGACGGCGGUGAAGCGUGGGGUGGACCCGUCGAUGUGGUAUCGCAUGGCGUCGCUGGCGGUAAACGUGAACAACAAAGAUUACGCCAUACAUUGCUUAGCAAAGGCGGCGAGGUCUGACCCGCACAAUUACGAGAAUAAAAUGGAUCAAGCAACGUUGUAUUCGGAGCUUGGAGAUGCGAAAAAGGCGAUUGAGCAACUUGAGUGGGUGCUGAAGGACGAUUUGCCGCCGCUCGACGGCGCUAUUUUGCGUGACGCCGUGGUCUUGCUCGCCAAGUUGUAUUAUAGUGCUGAUAUGCGAGAUAAGGCUGAGCAUGCUCUAGAGCACAUGCUGAAAGCGUAUCCACAGCACAUCGACGCCACAGUGGUGAACAUUUUGAUUGAGUUGAAGAUUGAGUUCCGCAAGUAUUCCGAGGUACUAGAAAUUGUCGAGCGUUCGCGCGCGAAUAUUUUAGAGCACGUCGACUCUGGACAGCUGCCUUUGGACAUUUCCGUAAAACAAGGUCAAUGUUUGCUUUACGAAGGACAAACGGAAGAAGGCAUGGAGCGCAUUGAAGAGCUCUUGCGGCACAAGGUGACUGAGUUUGAUGACUUGUACUUUGACUGCGGAAAAACUCUGAUGGAGGUUGGGUUGGCGUCGAAGGCGGAAGAGGUGUUCAUGCACUUAAUCGCGCUCGACGAGUACGACAAUGUCGAUAUGUGGCAGCGCGUAGAGCGAUGCGUUCAGCAAUCGAGGGGCUUGCGCGCGGUAGUCGAAUUUUACGACAUGCUCCAUGACAAGCACCCGAGCGACGUAUUCAUCGCCGUAUCUCUAGCCGAUUCGCUUUCGCGUUUUCAAGACGACGAAGAAUCGUUGAGGCGGGCGAGGUCACUUGUGUCAAAUUUAGAUGACGUCGAGGUACAGAAAUAUGGCAUUUUAUUGCGCGUGACUGCUUUACAAAGAAAGCUCUUGAGCGAAGCCGAACUGACUGUCAUCAUUCCAGCUGCGUUGAAGCUCUUGGAAGACUUGAGCGAAAAAAGAUCGCAACGCAAGCUCCAACGCGCGGGACAGGGGAGCGAUGAUUUCGUGGACGAUAACGUUCGGAUAUCAGAUGAUGAUGUGUUUGCUAAUAUUAUAAGCGGUGCCGAGGUCGCUAUUCGGCUCGGUCGACACGAAGAAGCGGGAACCAUCGUGAAUCAUGCGCUUUCAUUCUCCGCGGGGAGCGUGCUGACGCGAGAGCAGACGGCUUCGCUACGAUACCUAAAGUCGCUCGUGGCGUACAUGAUGGGCGAUUUGCAAGAGUCUGCGGCAAGCUGUCGUAGUGUUCUUGAGGUAUUCCCGAAUUCGGUAACGGUUUGGAACAUGCUGAUGCACAUGGCUAUCGAUUAUCCUCGAGCGCUCAGCGUUGGAACAUCAAAGCUCGCCAAGCGUCUCGUCGCGAGUAGCCUCGACGAUGCCUCACGCGAACGUCUGCUACCUUUGAUGGCAUCUGGGUACGUUCACACGUGGAACAAAAAGUGGUCUAUAGCAAUGCACGAUUUCCUCACGGCUCUCACGAUCGCGCCGAACGAUCACGAGGUGAAUUUAUGUGCGGCGAUUUCUCUUUUGCACAUGGCAACGAGAAAUUCAAACGAGCAGCAGCGUCACGCACUGGCGCUUCGAGCUGUCGUUCUGCUCGAACGUACCGCGGAGUUGAACACGACAAGCCCACAAGAAGGGAUGUACAACUUGGCCCGAGGCCUGCAACAUCUCGGCUUUCCGCACCUCGCUCGUCCGAUUUAUGAGCGUUGUCUGGAGAUGCCGGUGAGCUCCGAGGCGGACGAUUUGCGUCGCGAAGCGGCGUACAACUUAUCCCUCAUCUAUCGUUCUUCGAACGCAAACGGCUUAGCGCGCGCGAUUCUACGAAAGUAUAUGACGGUUUAG